AUGGCUGUCUACACGCUCCCGCUGGUGAUACCGAAGAAAAGGCGAGUCGAAGAGGUUCCUGAGCUCGAAGCCGAAAGUGACAGGCUUGACCAGGAGGCCAAGACGGCGAGACAGAGACUCGGCGCCCAUUCGUUCAAUGCGGAGUUCUGGACGAAAGUUGCAGAAGUCGAAACGAUUAUCCUGCAGAAGACGAGUAUCGCCUCUGAGAUCUCCUUGGCUAGAUUCACUGGACCAGAGUCGAAAUGGGAGGAGGGUGAAGAGGCGAAGAAGCUUUUCCAACAAAUCAGAGCGCAUCGACAUCUGGUUUCUUCAUUUACAGCCUACAGCGAAUGCCUCACAACCAGUUCGUCUGGAAUGGGAAUUGCCAGGUCAGGGGCUAGAAAACGAGACAAUCGGCAGACGGAAUUUCGACGGCAACUGCUCGCAGACUACGCAAGUCUCGACCCUACCAGGCUAUUAUGCGUGACCAUGGACGCCAUCUUUGGCAAAACGGAACUGAUCUCCUCUGAAAACGGAUUUAUCGUCUCUUCCACGAUCAAGGAGCAUUUCGACUCUGGCAUAUUUGUCAUCGUUCCUGACGAAAUCCGGAACUUCAAGAUCAAGAUCAUCGACAAGCAAUGGCCCCUACUGAACUGCGGCAUCUUUACCCUGGAUGAUGAGCCGAAGUGGAAAGAUCUGGAUGGUCGGAAAUUGGUCUUCCGGGGUACCUGCAGACCGGCAGCUCGUUAUCUGUAUUUCCAUUACUGUCUCCAACUUCUCCGCCGAGCAUGGAAAGCCGGUCCUGGAGAGGAGGCCGCUGCCUGGUCUCUCCAGGAUGAGCUUGCAGAACCUCUCCGGGCAGUACCGGGAAGAUACAUCUCAAAGAACAUGCUUCAGGCUUUCAUCGACGAGCUAGGCCAUGAGUACAAGGAUCUUCUACUCGGAAGCAAAGCAAUCAAAGACAGGGCCAGUCUAUUGCUUGAUACUGCUGCUGUACAGAUUACAGACAGCGACAGAACUAGCGACAGCUCCGAGGAAAGUGAUGACGACUACUAGAAGGGUCAC